AAGCUCCCUCGCUCUACCCCCUCCUCUUCCUGGCACUGAGUCCAGGGGGGGAGGGAGUGGAGUGAGACAGGCACUGGGGGGGUGGGGGUGGAGAGCACCAAGGAUCUCCUGCACCCUGGCCCCCCCCUCCCGCCCCAGGCGCGCGCGGCAGGGGGCACCACCCCGGGCCCCCCCAGGGAGGGGCGGCAGGACAGAGCGGAGCCUGCAGCUGCUGCCGGGGAGGGGGCACCAUGAACCAAGGUGUCGGCUAGUGUGGCUGGAGAGUGGGCGUGAGCUCACCAAACUGGGCACUGCCUGGACUCCAGGAAAAGGCUGCGUGGACUAUGAGCGCCAGGCGGGAGCGUGCCCACCCUUAACGCCGCCUGCCGCGAGGUUUGCAGCCAUGAGCAGGUGCCCAAGCGCUGAGGGAGCACAAUGAAUGGCGGCGAUGAUUGCUGUGGUGUGGAUCGAGGUGGGCGCCCAGCAGUCGCACCUGUGCCCGUGGGCUGGCAGCGCAGGGUGGAAGAGGGAGGGGUGCGCUACAUCAGUCCUAGCGGCACAAGCCUGGCUUCCUUGGAGCAGACUCGUGCGUACCUGCUGGCAGACGGCACCUGCAAGUGCGGCCUGGAGUGUCCCCUCAAUGUACACAAGGUUUUCAACUUUGACCCGGCAGCAAUGGUGACGGGCAGUGAAGGCGCCAAGGGAGAUGAGGACAUGACCAAACUGUGCAACCAUCGCCGGAAAAUCGUGGCAAUGGCCACCCUGUAUCGCAGCAUGGAAAGCCAUGGACCGCUGAGCCUGCCACACCUGGGGCCAGGGGUCCUGAACCAGCCCUCCCACCCACCAACACCAGGACCCAGCAGUCGCCCGCAGCAGCAGCCGCUUCCCAACAAAGCACCGGCUGCCUUGGCCAAGGUCCCGGAACCCUACCUGCAGUGCCCUUCUGAUCGCUACGGCAACACCUGGUCCAGCCAGAGCUCCCCCUUCCCGCACCAUCCCAACCAUCUCUUUGGAGACAUCUUCCCAGGCCGCCUUCCUGCCACCACGAAUGGCAACACCCGCCCAACCUUCCCUGCUGAACUGAACGCCGCUGGGGUUUCCUUUCUGCCGAGCAAAGCUGUUCUCGAUGCGCCACCCCGGACCUAUCCCUCAAGCGGGCUUCUCUUCCCCUCACCAGACGAGGUGGUUCCAGGUCAAGAGGGCAGCCCCUGGAGUGGCCGGCCAGGACCUCUGGGGUCGCAGACGAGCACCACUGGCUCGCCUGCCCCCACAACCCUCUCCUCUGUUUCAUCCCCAGCAGGCAGCGCUGAGCCCUCCCCACAGCGCUCUCGGCAUUCCUCUGCGUCCUCAGAGCAGGGCCUCGGUGGACAUCGGCUGGCCCCCAAACCCUCCAGCUUGGAUGUGGCGCCGCCAGCCAAUGCCUUAAUCAACCAAAGCAGCAAUAACCUGCCCUCAGUGCCCUUAGGAGUCGCCCCCGAAGGCAAAGGACCGCCCGGCCUGCUGCUCCUUCAUCCGCAGGGCCCAGGCUCUUUCCCAGCCAGCAGUUUGUUGAGCGCAGCCGCCAAGGCCCAGCUCGCCAGCAGGGGGCGUCCUGACGAGCUGGCUGCCAGCACUUUACCCAGCCGCUUGCUGCUGUCCGUGGUGGGCGGGCGGCCGCCUCGGCGCCAGCGCCGCUCCCCCACCGUCUUGCGCCUGCUCAAGGACUCCCACUCGGGGCAGGCCACAGCUGCCCAUUCUGAGGAGAUGCCGACACGACACCCCCGGCCGCGGGACCAGCCGACAGCGGGAGAGGCCAAGAAUGGACCCCCAAGCUCGGUGGCGCCGGUUCAGCCACUGUCAUCCUUGCUGAGCCUGCUGGGCCCUCCUGUCAGCUCGCCAGCCCCUGGGCUCCCCCCGCUGCCCCCGACUCCUACCGGUGAUGGCCCCAGCCCGUUGCCCUCUUUUCAGGACUUCAACAGCCAGCUCCUCAGUCUCUUUGGGCAGCUGGCCUCAGCGUCUUCCGAACAGAUCUCAGGGAGUCCCCCGCAGCCAAAACCUCCGGCCUCUCCUGUCAGUCCCCACGGCCCCCCAGGUGCUGCCUCUGUGUCGCCUUUGACUCCCAAAGCCCCUCCGGCGCCCAGCCCCGUCGCAGCCCCCACCAGCACCAUGGAGGGAGGAAGCCUGGGCUGCCCGCUGCCCUCGGGCACGGAUACUUUCCCCUUCCUGGCGCAGGAACAGGCGCUGCCGUUUGGGAACGCUCUACCUCCGGGGCUACUCCCACUGGGCUCCUUCCCCUUCUCCUUGACCCUGGGCCCCGAGACGGCCCUUCCUCCUAUCAGCCUGCAGGGGGAGCCAGACGGACAGUCCUUGCUGCCGCUGGUGCUGCCUGGCUUGGAUUUGCUGCAGCAACCGAGUGGACUCUUGGCAUCACUGCUGGCGUUGCCAGGGGCGCCGUGCGAGGGCGAGAGGGAAGCAGCAGCAGCAGCAGCAGCAACCACAGAGCCCCUGCUGGAGCCAUUUGCCAGUCUCCCCGAAACACUGCAGCCUCUGCUUUUCCCAGCACUUUCAACUCCUCCAGCUGUCCUAGCUUUAAAUUCAGCACUGUUGGCAACCAGCCUGGGCCCUUCGGACACUGGGCCAGGCCCUACACAGACCGGCCUGGCUGGCUCUCCUGUGGCACCUACCUCCGCUAGCAUGACAUCGACGACUACUGAGGGCACCACGCCAGGCACCCCCAGCUCCUCAGGGAGGCUCAACCCCCUGAUGCCCCAGCUUGUAAACCCGCUGCUGAGUACCACACUUCUGGGUGAUCUGUCAGCGCUGAACUCGGCCCCAGGUCCCUCCUUGAUUGGCAGCCACCUGCUCCAGGCGCAGCAGCCCCUCCUGCCCCCCAGCCUGCAAGGGCCCCUGGGACUCCAGCUUUUCCAAGGACAGCUGCCCCUCUUAACAGGCUCCAACCCCCUAGCCUGCCUCCUCCAGAGCUUGCAACUGAGCCCUGGCUUUGGUGCUCCAGAGAAGCCAGGGCUACCGAGUGAAGCUCCAGCGCCCCCCUUGCCCAGUGUGCCCCCCGCACCAGAGACGGAGCCAAGCCACAGCACUGCGUUGCCCUCCUGCACGGACACUGCCCCCACAAGUGCCUUAGAGACGCCCGGCACCCUCGAGCCAGCCAGGCAAGGACAGCAGGACGCCCUACAGGGGCAAGAAGCCGACGGCUCCCGCUCCCCCUUGAAGCGACCCCGCCGCGGCAUAGAGGAGCUGAACGGGGACUCUGGAAGCAGCCUCCCACGCGGGCAGGGGCGGGGCGGCAAGUCUGGACGGCGUGGCGGUGGGCGGGGCAGGGGCAGGCGGCACUUCAAUGGUCAGCUCCCAGAGUCGGGUGCAGGGCACCCCUCCCACCCUGCCUGGCGUUGCAAUGGAGAAAUGGCGGCUGGCAGCGCCGAUAGCCAAGCAGGAGCAUUUGCAGUGCAGGAGAUCAAGGGCCCUCCUGGAAGGCGACCGUCGCGACGUGGCCGGAGAAGGAAAAGCAGUGGCCCCCGGCCUAGUGCCCGACCUGAGCCUACACCGAUCCGGGGUCCUUGUACAGAUCCAGGGCCCAGCCCAUUGGUUGACUACACUGUUGCGCGGCGGCCACGGCCUGGCCGGCCGGCCAAGAACAGGAGGAGGAAACUGCCGACUUAGCAGCGCCGCUGGGACCGAGGGGGCUUCCACCACUGUCGACAUCUACGCAGACAAGAGCCUUAGGACAUCUCACCAGCUUCCACCUCUCCUCCCCGCCUGCCCCUGUGAUUCAUUCAUCUCCGCUGCCCAGCCCCUGUGCAGACGUGCCUGGGGGGGAUUUGUGGGGGGGGGGAGGGAAAUUCCAGCCAGAGGAGCUGCCGUUGCUGCUGCUGGACUCUUGGCGCCUUAGCCAUGAAUGUGUUGUCGCUUCACCAGUUGCCUGGGUCCUGAAUCUUUCCAAGGGGCACCCCUGAAAGCACAAGGAGUGGCUCUGCUCUCAGCAUUAUCCGAGGGGAGGGGCAAAGGGGGCACCAGAGCUGGACACACUCAUAGCACUUCUGGAAGCCAUUUUUGCAGCACUCUGGGGGGGGGAGCCCCUUGUGGCAGCGGAGUGGCCUCCUCCUCCCCCAACCCCCCGGGGUUGCAAUCUCCCCACCCUGGCAAAGCCUCCCCCUCCCCCUCUGGUCUCAGAACCUCCCCAGGAGUAGCACGGGCUGCAUGCUCUGGGAAGGGGCGGCCUCUGCCCUUUCACUUCCCACCUUACCUCAAAACCUGAGUGCGCCCCAGCACCCAGGUAAGAACCGGCUCAGGGUUUAAUACAAGAAUUGGUCUCUUUCUUUGCCUCCCCCGGACCGCCCGCCGCUGUCUUUCUGCCUUGCCAAAAACCCACACGCAAAAUAAUUCCUGGCCCCGGCACGAAAGGUACAAAGCAAUAAGGAGAAUAAGCCACGCUCACUCAGGGAGGAGUCACUCCCAUCCGCAGCUCAACCCCCUCCCCCCAACACAGCCCCUCUGCAUUGCCAUGUGUAAGUCACUAGAAUGGAGUGGCGUUGAGGACAAAUCUGCCUGGUGGAAGGGUCUGUUUUCUAACGGCUCCGGUUAGAGCCCUGGGACGGGCAGGACCUCAAGUGGAGACCUGUAUGUGCUCGUCCACCCUGCUCCCCCCCGUGCAAUCCUCAAAAGUAAGCUCAGGUGAGAAUCCCUGGGGGGGGGAGUUUUAGGAAGAGAUUUAAAUCGGUCCAACCUGGGCAGAGCAAAUCCCCCUUCACCUGCUUCUUCCCCCGCCCCCUAAAUCCACACAAACACACUACAAUCCUCUCAUCUCUGAAAGACCAAAAUGCUCCACACCCCCUGCCCCUCCCCGUUGCAACUCUCAAAAACAUUAUGCAAAAGCACUGUGUAGAUACUGUACAGGUUGCGCUGUCCCCCUCCUGCCCCCCCCCGUGCACUUCAACCAACCAACCAACUUCGGCCUUUGUUUUUGUAUAAAGAAGAAAAAAAAGGAAUGGGGGAAAAAUAUUUUCCUUUUUUGAGCUUAAAUUCUGUUUUGUAAAAAAAAAAAAAUUUACACAAUUGUGAAUUGUAGCUUUUCUAUGGGAGCGACUUUUAAUUUAACAGAUGAAAAUAUUUUGAUGCUUAGAUUGAAGUUACUGUUUCUUUAUUUGUUUAUUUUU